CGUUUGAUCAGCUGACAGCGAGAAAGCAUGCGAGGGCGGCGAUGGCAGCUAGCUUCGUCGACGAUCUCAUUUCGGUGCGCAGCCACCGGAAGCUUAAUCUGUCCGAAUUGCUGGAUAACCUGCCGAAGCAACUCACCAAGGACGUUUUGCAGCAGCUGCACGCCGCCGUGCAAGAAUGCGACCCCGAGUUGAUCCCCCAGCAAGAGACGGCCGUCAGCAGCCUCCUGGUGGCCGUGCUGGACGAGAAUUCGCCUCCAGGUCGCCGCCACCUGGCCUUGUCGGUGCUGGAGUCCCUGUGUCCCCAGUAUGGCCUCGAGGAAAUGCUGCUUCCCUUGCCUCCGCAUCAGCUCACAUUGUUUCUCCAGGCACUGCUCGCACAGGGUACCGACAGCCCACACUACAGAAGCCUUCUUGACAAGCUUUUGAGCGCUUUGGAGGAUGCUGCCGUGAGCGCGCCAGUCAAGCGUGCGAUCCUGCUUUACCUGACACGUGUGGCUGAGGCUCGGGCAGACCUGCUGUCUCGGGAGGAUGCGGAACGGGUCUUCAAGCAGCUUCCCGGCUGGCUUAUGGACUGCUCGCUCUUUUCAUCUCCACGCCUCCUCGGCGUGUCGUCGGUCACUGGCCCGUCCUUGUCUUUGACUACCACUGGCUCCUCACGGUUUCGCCGGUCCGAGUCCGCCCAAGCUGUUUCCGAGCUGGAUGGCGUCGUCUCGCAGGAGAGCUUCACGGUCCUCACCUCUGCCAAGUUCUACACGGGCGACCAGUGGCUGAAUGGCGCGGUCUUCUCGGUGCUUGGUGUGUGGCUGCGGCGAGCUGUGUCCCUACGCUACACCGACGAAACCCUGGUCUCGGCUAGCAGGAAGUACUGCCUCUAUCUGGUUGACCAGACGCACCGAAAGCCCAUACAUCCCGAGGACUUCGAGCUUCAACAGCUUUGUCUGGUGGAAGCGGUGCGCACCCUCGACCUUGUGUGCCAGCUGGACAGCAGCCAGGUGCCCGAGGUGAUCCUCGUGAUACAGCGGCUGGCCACCAGUCACCUGCUUAGCCGUGUUGCUUUGGGAACUGCCCUGCUUGAGUUCUUCCUGCACCACGGGGCAGCUGUGUUGCACAAGACGGAGGACUCCCUGAAUCAGUUCUUCCUGGGUCCCGGCUCCCGUGUGUGUCUGAGCGUGCCCAACGCCCUGCAGGUGGUCCACUUCACCCUGCGCAACCUGGCUGCACUCUGCGACGUGGGCGCCACCGAGAAGUACUUCCCUGCCUUGCUCAAGAUCUUUGCCUGGAAUCCGCAGCAGUUCAAGAGCCAGUUCCUGAGCAUUGUUCCAGCAUUCAUGUCAGCCAAGAGUGUGGUUGAGGUGUUCCACAGCCUCGUGGACCUCCCCGCUCUGACGGCAGCCCUGGUGCUCGAGCGGGAGAUGAUGGGUGUGUCGGAAAGUGCUCGCACGAAACGCCAGUCCUCGCUCCAUCUUGGUACGGAGGUGCACAAGUCCAUGCUCAAGUUCGUGCUCCGCGACGUCAGCGGCAUCGGGGACACGUUCGACGGUGUCGCCAAGUUCCACUCCCUGAUCGCUGACCAGGCCAAUCACCCGAAAGUGAUCCGCUGCUCGGAGCAUGCCCCAGACCUUCUUGGGUGCUACCUGAAGACCUUUGUGCAGUACGGUGACUCGGAGCUGGCUUCACGACUGCUGCCAGCCUUCAUGGAGCGACUGUCCGUAUGCUUUGGGUCGCGGGGCUACUGCGAACGGCUGCGCAAGCUGCUGGCCGACGUGCUUCCCAAGCUGUUCCGCAAGUUCCCCGAUGUGACCUUUCUGCUAACUUCUGAGUUUGUGGAGUUCCUCAGCCACACCAGCUCGUAUGAUGCAGGACCCGACUUCUUUGCGAACCUGGUGUGGGCCAUUGGAGAGUUUGCCUCGCCCAACGAGAGCUCUCUCUGCUCGCCCAAGGCGGUGUGCGACUUCUUCGAGGUGCUCGAGUUGUUGGCCUUUGAACUGCUCAGUACGCAGGGCUUGUUGAGCGAGCGUCGCACCAGGCUCCUGUGCAUCGUGAUCACCAGCCUCUCUAAGGUGACACUCGCUGCCCCUCUCCAGGAUUGUGAUGGUGGCAGACAUCAAACGACAGUAGAACUUCUUUCGGCUAUUUGCUUGGAACAGUAGUGAAAUCGGGGUUCA